AUGUCUUCACCAAUCCCCUCCACCCCACCAUCGGAGGUCUCCAAUGGCACCUCCCUGCCUUCCCGACCAGUUCCUAAGCUCUUCGGGAGUCAAGACGGGAGCUCUGGCACUGGCACCCCCAUCGGUUUCCAACGAUUCCCUCACAACAAGCACCUUGACCAUGCCGUCGGGGCUGCUUUGCGGCAACCGUCUCCGCAGCCCACUCACUUGGGUGUCCCCGGUACCCCUCACCGUGUACUAUCAGAGGAGGACCCGGGUUACAUUGCGGCCACUUUUGAAGGCAAACAGAAACAGAUGGAGCAAGUCAUGGAUCAAUUAGAGGAGAAGGGUUUCUUCCCCGCCGAUUUCGUCACUUCCGAAACUACUUGGUUCUACAACUCGCUGGGUAUCGAUGAUACCUACUUCCAGACCGAGACCGUCGAUGCCAUUGUGACCCAGAUCCUCUCUCUCUAUGCCGCCAAGGUCGCCGCCUACGCUCGUGAUGACAAGCAGCUAGAGAUCCGCUUGGACAAGGAGGCCGAAGAUCACGCCGUUUACAUUGAUACCAGCAAACCCGGUGUCUCCUCCGUCGACGGUCCCCACUACGAGCAGCGCAUUGACGAGAAAUACAUCAACAUCUCCAAGGGUGCCGAAAGCUACCGUGUGGAGACCUUCCGCUCACCCAGUGCUCUCCCCGGUAACAAUGGACAGCAACUGCGUUGUUACUUUGUUUACAAGUGCCAAUUCGCCAACCCUAACCCCUCACCGAACGAAACCGAUAUUGAGAUUAUUGGUGAGAAGCGUUUCCUCCAAAAGGCCACUCCCAACACCAAGGCCAUCUAUCAAGAAAUCAUCACCGCCGCUGUCGGCCGCACUGGUCCAGUGAUUGAGAUGUUUGAGAUUGAAGGAAGCCGGGAGAAGCGUCUUGUCAUUGCUUACCGUCAGGGUUCCGCAAUGGGUCUUUUCAGCGCUCUCUCCGACCUGUACCACUACUACCGCCUUACUAGCUCCCGCAAGUACCUUGAGCACUUCUCCAACGGUAUUACAAUCGUUUCUCUAUACCUGCGUCCCUCAGAGGGUGCUGAGAUUACUGCCAAGUACCCCCCAAUUGAGGCUGCUAUUCACCAGAUCAUGAAGGAGGUCUCUCUUCUGUACUGUAUCCCCCAGAACAGAUUCCAAGCACACUUUGCCACUGGCCGCCUCAGUUUGCAGGAGACUAUCUAUGCUCACUGCGCGUGGGUGUUUGUCCAGCAGUUCUUGAACCGUCUCGGUUCGGAAUACACUUCUCUAUCCGCCCUUCUGGAUCCCAACAACAGUGUUCACGCAGAAUUGCUCUCCAAGAUUAAGAAGCGUCUGCGUGCUGAAACAUUUACUGCGGAAUACAUCUUUGAGAUCAUCAACAACUACCCCGAGUUGAUCCACAAGUGCUACUUGGACUUUGCCAACACCCACUAUGUGCAGACCCAGGGCCCCACUGGAGACGACUUCCUUCCCACCCUCAGCUACCUGCGUCUCCAGGUUGAUGAGGUUCUGGACGGUCCCAAGCUCCGACAGCUGAUCCGCAGCACUACCAUGAACGAGCAUGACGAGAUGGUUAUGCGAUCUUUCACCGUGUUCAACGCAUCCAUCCUCAAGACCAACUUCUUCACUCCUACCAAGGUUGCCUUGAGUUUCCGUUUGAAGCCGGACUUCUUGCCAGAGCACGAGUACCCCCAGCCCCUCUAUGGUAUGUUCUUGGUCAUUAGCUCUGAGUUCCGUGGUUUCCACCUGCGCUUCCGAGACAUUGCCCGUGGAGGUAUCCGUAUCGUGAAGAGUCGCAACAAGGAAGCAUAUGGCAUCAACGCUCGCUCGCUUUUCGACGAGAACUACAACCUGGCCAACACCCAGCAACGCAAGAACAAGGAUAUUCCAGAGGGUGGCGCCAAGGGUGUCAUUCUCUUGGACGUGGCUCAUCAAGACAAGGCGCGGGUCGCUUUUGAGAAGUACAUUGACAGUGUCUUGGAUCUGUUGUUGCCCCCGGUCAGCCCCGGUAUCAAGGACCCCAUCGUGGAUCUGCAUGGAAAGGAUGAGAUUCUCUUCAUGGGCCCUGACGAGAACACCGCCGAGCUUGUUGACUGGGCCACCGAGCACGCUCGUGCCCGUGGCGCUCCUUGGUGGAAGUCUUUCUUCACUGGCAAGAGCCCCAAGCUUGGUGGUAUUCCCCACGACGCCUACGGAAUGACUACCCUCUCAGUUCGCCAGUACAUUCUUGGAAUCUACCGCAAGCUCAACAUCGAUCCUUCCACCAUGCUCAAGCUGCAGACUGGUGGUCCCGAUGGUGAUCUUGGAUCCAACGAGAUCUUGCUCUCUAACGAGAAGUACGGUGCGAUCGUUGAUGGAUCCGGUGUCAUUGUCGACACAGAGGGUCUUAACCACCAGGAGCUGAUCCGUCUCGCCAAGAAGCGUGCGAUGAUCUCCGAGUUUGAUGUUUCCCUUCUUUCUCCCGUGGGAUACCGAGUUCUAAUUGAUGACAAGAAUGUCAAGCUCCCAAGUGGCGAGAUUGUUCACAACGGUACCAACUUCCGAAACACAUUCCAUUUGCGUUCGGAGGAGAAGUUUGACGUCUUCGUUCCUUGCGGUGGUCGUCCCGAGUCUAUCGACCUGUCUACCGUCGGCAAGCUGAUCAAGGAUAGCAAGUGUGUCGUUCCUUACAUUGUCGAGGGUGCCAACCUGUUCAUCACCCAGGACAGCAAGCUGCGCCUUGAGAAGGCCAGCUGCAUUCUGUUCAAGGAUGCCUCCGCCAACAAGGGUGGUGUGACUUCCUCAUCCCUGGAGGUUCUUGCCUCCUUGUCCUUCGAUGACCCAGAGUUCGUCGCCAACAUGUGCGUUGGUGAGGAUGGUACCGUUCCCGAGUUCUACCAGGCAUAUGUCAAGCAGGUGCAGGAGAUCAUCAAGGAGAACGCCACUCUCGAGUUCGAGGCUAUUUGGCGCGAACACGAGCAGACUGGUGUGCUGCGCAGUGUUUUGAGUGAUCGUUUGAGUUUGGCUAUUACCAAGCUUGACGAGGAACUCCAACAUACCGAGCUUUGGGACAACAUUGCCCUCCGUGAAUCGGUUCUCGGCGAUGCCUUGCCUCAGUUGCUGCUGAACAAGAUUGGCCUCAAGACCAUCUUGGAACGGGUUCCCGAAAACUACCUGCGUGCCAUCUUUGGUAGCCACCUGGCCAGCCGAUUUGUGUACCAGUAUGGUAACCACCCAAGCCAGUUCUCGUUCUUCGAUUACAUGACCAAGCGCUUGCAAAAGAUCCAACAGAUCCAGUCCUAA